AGUGUGGGAAACUGUACAAUGUAAUGGGACUCGUCUGACGGCGUCGGCCUCCGGGUAUAAAUACAGUACAGGGCUGAGCUGGCCUUCCAUUCUGCACCACACACACACCAGACACCUCAACUCCAAGAACAACAUGGCGUCUGGCUUCCAUAUUGUCCAGGAGGCCGAUAAGGUCCAGCUCAGGAAAAAUAAGAUACGCAAACCGGUCAUCGAGAAGAUGCGGAGGGACCGUAUAAACCACAGCAUCGAAGAGCUCCGAGUACUGCUGGAGAAAGACAUCCAGAGCCAGAACUCCAAGCUGGAGAAGGCCGACAUUUUGGAAAUGGCCGUUAAUUACCUUCGGCAACAGAAAACGCAUCAAAACGACUCCCGGAACGCCCAGGACUUGUACUAUCAGGGGUAUUACAUGUGCCUGAAGGAGACGGUGGGGUUUCUGCACACCCACGGCCAGACGAAGGCGAAGAUCCUGCGCCAUAUCUGCAGGCAGCCAAGCCCGUCCUCCGCAGAGCGCGGCCUCCAUCACCCGCCCCCCUCGCUGGAGAGAAGACCAUGCAACCCCUCGGAGGGUCACAGGGACAUAUGGAGGCCGUGGUAGACCCCCCCCCCCCUCCCGGGGGGGCACCGUCACUGCUAUAUACUCCAGUGUUCUGUAUUAUAAGAAUAUUGUAGCCACCAAUGCUACCCCACCUGGAGGACGGGGGUCGGCUGACAUGAGGUUUCCCCCUACUGGCCGGGACAUGCAAAAGCAUGACGUGGAGCUUCGUCCAGAACCUUUUUUUUACGUUUCGGGGGCGGUAGGGGGAGGGUCAGACUUUAAUUUGUGGCUUCUUGUGUGGUGGAAGAGACAAAAAACCCGGCAAAGACCUUCACCCCCGGGGGGCUUCCAUUUUCCCGUAGACAUUUCUUCCCGAAGACAGGAAGGAAGGAAUAGAUGGUCAUUCCAUUCCUAAAGUUCUUUUCUGAAAUAUGGUUUGAUGCGUCAUUCUGCUGCUUUUGGGGUGUUACCAGUACCGGGGCAGGUUCGUCUAUUCGCCCGGG